GCCGGAUUGUUCGUUACUGAACGAGGACAUAUUUUCGUGUCGAGGUUGUCGUCACGAAACAUGCGGUGCUCACGCCGAAGAAACGCCAUCGUCAUUGCAGCGAGCGGCGCAAGCGUUCUCCAUCGCUCGCACGCAACGUGUGCAUUCUUCGUUCUGGAGCCCGCGGAUGUUGCGCGCACAGUCCUGGCAUUUGAUGUGCGGAAUGCGAUAUCGCAUCCCUCACGACCAGCGCCAGGAGCGCGCGCUCAACAUUCAUGGCCUCUAUGGUGGAUCAUGUGCACGUUGUGUGCGCGGAAUGGAGAGGACAGCAACUCUCCCGGGAUUGACGCCAUAGUCUCUUCGGGGAGGGAGGCUCAAGUGUUGCGGCGAGAACACGAACACGUUUUUCUUCAAUGCCAAGCCAAACAAGAGUCGUGGGGGCGGUCGCGUGGAACGAAUGAGAGAGAAGCAAAACGGGAUACGCAAACCGUGUGCCCCGAUGUCCACGUCAUCCGUUCCUGCCGUCCCAGCCACUUGCGACACGUGGCACGACAUGAUGAUAAUGAUGACGACGGUGAUGAACACGAUGAUAGUGACGAUUACGGUGGUGAUGUUGAUCUGGGCGACGAUGUCGCUGACGAUGAUGACGAUGUUGAUGAUGAUGAUGAUGUCGAUGAUGAUGUUCGUGAUGAUGAUGAUUGUGAUGACGACGAUGAUGAUGAUGACGAUGAUGACGACGAUGAUGACGGCGAUGAUGACGAUGUUGAUGAUGGCGAUGACAACGGAGAGGACGAUGGUGGUGAUUUUGAUGACGACGACGAUGUCGCUGAUGAUGAUGAUGUUGUUGAUGACGUUGAUGAUGUUGAUGAUGAUGUCGAUGAUGAUGACGAUGAUGAUGAAGAUGAUGACGCUGAUGGUGGUGGCGACGAUGAUGGUGAUGAUGGGGGCGAUGAUGAUGAUGAUGAUGAUGAUGGCAAGCAAGAAUCACGGGGCCGCUCGCGAGGAAAGAACGAGCGGGAAUCAGAAGGGGACACAAAAACCAUGUGGCCCAAUGUCACCGACAUCCUUUCCCUCCGUCCCCGCAACUUGAAACAGGUGGCGCGACGCUGCCGCUCCCAUGGGCCGGCAAACAUGCCUGACACGAGGGCAGGCAGAACAACACUUUGCCUUGAAGAGGGCACAGCGCACACGAUGGCGCUGCUCUUUGACGGCUCACAGUUCUUCGAGGAGGCGCAGUUCUUCGACCACGGCGAAGCGCACACGAUGGCGCAACUGUUCGACAAGGGCUCAGCGCAAACGGUGGUGGCCACUUGCUGACGCAGGACGCAGAGACGAGAUGUCGAAGCGGAGACAAC